AUGAGGAUACACCACCGGCUCUUGCGAUGCCUCGACUGCGAUGGCGCUACAAAGGAGAUUCGCAGCUUCCUGGAAGAACGUUUUCGCCGCAUUGACGGUUUGAGAGAGAACAAGUUCCUACUGACGAGGGGAGCCAUAUACGGACAACCGCUUGUGAUCCAUUACGAUGCAACUGAUGCGACGAGUCGAGGAGGCAUCGUAUUGUCUCCUGUACAGUCAUUGAGAUCAGUCCUCGUGCUGAAACUACAAGAGCCAUAA